AUGUAUCCGCUCUCCACUGAAAAAUCGGACAUACUUCCGCCAAUUCCCGACGUCUCCCUGCGACCGAAAUACAGCGAGGCCUUCAACGCGGAGACCUACAUGGAACCGAAAGGUGGAGUGACUGCAGAACGGAUGACCGAACACGCACCCUUCGCUGUCUCGGAUGGUAGGUCUUUUGUGUUGCAUGUUGCUACUGCUGCCGCUGCUUUUUGUAUGAGUUGGUACUACCGCAGGGGGUUAAGUGAGUUAAACCCUGGCAUCUGCGAUCUUAAGACCAUGGUUCCUUAG